GGGACAGUGACAGUACCUAGUUAGUUUUCUUGGAUUAUAUUUAAAGUAAAAAACACAACGACAGUAAAAUAUGGAAAACCUUGACGAUCUGAGGAAUGUAAUUCGUGGAAUAACACGCCCUAAAAAUAUGCCUGACAAAUAUGGAUCAGACGGUGAGUCAUUAAGUGAGGACGAAAUUGAGGCUAUGGAUCCGUUUGAAAAAGAGCAAUUGGAAAACGAAAAAUUAACCAACAAAGCUUACUUCACAAAGUAUAUCACAAAUACUGAUAAUGAUGAACGUGCCUCAACUAGUUCCGGAAUCGAAGGUCGACGUUUUGAUCCAAGUGUUCGAAUUAACCCACAUGGUAGCACACUUAGUCCUCGUUCUAUACUUCGAAUGAUAGAAAGCAUUUCCGAUCUAGCUGUGGCAAUAGAACAAUUUGAAGAUAGUGCUACCACUACCAGCGAUAGUGGUCGUAGUGCUGUAAUUGAUUCGAGUUUAUCAGAUAUGGAGUCCAUAGAGUCUAUUAACGAUACUGAUAAUAGUGAAAUAAUUGGUUCAGAUUUGUCGGAUGUAACCAUAUACUCCACUGAUGACUCUAGUAUUACUGACACUACCACUACCAGCAAUACUACCACUAUCAGUGAUACCACUACUAUCAGCGAUAAUACCACUAUCGGCGAUAAUGGUAAUAGUGAAAUAAUUGAUUCGGGCUUAUCGCAUGUAACCAUAGAGACCAGUGCCGAAUUUUAUUCAAAUGGAUCGAAUUUUCAAUCCGAUGUACCUAUGGAAACCAUGGACUCUUCUUCAUCGGAGAGUCUCUAA